UCGUUAAAUUCUCUCAACACUUGGGAUCUUUCCAUCUUACUAAUUGUCGAACCAGGGCUGCAAAUUUUCAGUGCAUAAGCAAAUCUAGAAAUGUUUCUGAGUUUUGCUGCUAUUACGUUAAUAGCAAUUUUAUCAACUUCUACUAAUGUCAAUGGUUCUGGAGUUUUUCAUCUUUAUAAUGUUACAGAGAGUGAUUUACAACAGUCAAGAGAUAUACAAAAACAGAGGCAAAAUCAAGAUGGAUGUUAUGUUGGGGGAAGAUAUCUGAAGUUUGGAGACCAAUGGACCCAAGGAGGAAUUUGUGGGAUUUUCUCUUGCCAUGAAAAGCACUUCCGCAAAUUAGCUACUCCGUGCCCUUACCUACGGUAUCAAGAAGGCUCUGGGUGUACAAUUGUAGAAGAAGAUUUUACAAAAGAUUUUCCAGACUGUUGUCCCAAAAUGGUUUGCCCUAACGAAAAAGAAGUUCAACAACUUGAGAGGAAGAGAACUGAUUGGUCGUUUUAAAUAAACAGACUCAAUAAUUUCUGAAGUGGUAAAAACAGAGAGGUAUUAUUCUCAAAAUUGGACAUAUGUUAUUUAUGUUGAGACUACUUUGAUCAGCAUUGUAUUAAAAAUAUCUAACAAAAUGUCUUAUACAUCUUGUAAAUUUAUUAAAUUCUAUUAUAACGUGUAAUAAAUAUGGUAAGUUGUGGAUUA